AUGCAAGAGAGCUGCACUCACUACAGCAAAGAGGCUGUGUCCUCCCAUACAGGAGGCUGUGUCCUCGCUUGUAGGAGGCUGUGUCCUCCCAUACAGGAGGCUGUGUCCUCCCAUACAGGAGGCUGUGUCCUCAAGAGACCUCCAGCCCCAGAUCCUGUAGGAACACUGUGUUCUCUCCUUAUAGUCCCACUACGUAUUAAUCCGGCGGUGCUAACGAUCUCGGUCAACCCUUACACUAACACAGCGGUCCUCGCUAACACAGCGGUCCUCGCUAACACAGCGGUCCUCGCUAACACAGCGGUCCUCGCUAACACAGCGGUCCUCGCUAACACAGCGGUCCUCGCUAACACAGCUGUCCUCGCUAACACAGCGGUCCUCGCUAACACAGCUGUCCUCGCUAACACAGCGGUCCUCGCUAACACAGCGGUCCUCGCUAACACAGCGGUCCUCGCUAACACAGCGGUCCUCGCUAACACAGCGGUCCUCGCUAACACAGCGGUCCUCGCUAACACAGCGGUCCUCGCUAACACAGGACCUCACUCUCACUCUAAACUCAUCAACUUGAGUAAGUUGUGGGCGCAAAUGUAAACACUUUUUCGGUCAAGAAAAAGAGUAAAUGUAAAUUCCCCCCUGACCAGUGAGCACCAGGUGUAGGUAGACCCUCGGUAGACUCGGAGGACAACACAACUCAUCAGUGUCAUAUUGUCCAAGUAAACCACAAAAUAGUCCUGUAUUAUAGAUUAUUAAGGGGAAACUGUCAAGAGUCUUAUCUCAUGAGAUUGUUGUCCUGUCUAUAUAUUAACCAGUUGUCCUGUUGUCCUGUUUAUAUAGAGUAAAAUAUUGGCCGGUGGCGACGGGCCUGUGGCUCGUCGGGCCCAUCGUGCAGGCGCAGCAGGGCGGGAAGGGAGUGGCGGAGAUGCAAGGGGGAAAUAGGAAGGCUACAGGGAUGAUCCCUACCGUGGUCAAGUCCCUCACCAGCACCAGGUACCCCCUCACCAGCACCAGGUACCCCCUCACCAGGACCAGGUACCUCCUCACCAGGACCAGGUACCCCCUCACCAGCACCAGGUACCCCCUCACCAGCACCAGGUACCCCUUCACCAGCACCAGGUACCCCCUCACCAGCACCAGGUACCCCCUCACCAGCACCAGGUACCCCUUCACCAGCACCAGGUACCCCCUCACCAGCACCAGGUACCCCCUCACCAGCACCAGGUACCCCCUCAAAAGCACCAGGUACCCCCUCACCAGCACCAGGUACCCCCUCAAAAGCACCAGGUACCCCCUCACCAGCACCAGGUACCCCCUCACCAGCACCAGGUACCCCCUCACCAGGACCAGGUACCUCCUCACCAGGACCAGGUACCCCCUCACCAGCACCAGGUACCCCCUCACCAGCACCAGGUACCCCCUCACCAGCACCAGGUACCCCGUCACCAGCACCAGGUACCCCCUCACCAGCACCAGGUACCCCCUCACCAGCACCAGGUACCCCCUCACCAGCACCAGGUACCCCCUCACCAGCACCAGGUACCCCCUCAAAAGCACCAGGUACCCCCUCACCAGCACCAGGUACCCCUCACCAGCACCAGGUACCCCCUCACCAGCACCAGGUACCCCCUCACCAGCACCAGGUACCCCCUCACCAGCACCAGGUACCCCCUCACCAGCACCAGGUACCCCCUCACCAGCACCAGGUACCCCCUCACCAGCACCAGGUACCCCCUCAAAAGCACCAGGUACCCCCUCACCAGCACCAGGUACCCCUCACCAGCACCAGGUAC